AUGUCCCGGGGGAGAAUUCCAGCGGAAGACAAACAGAUGGACGAGUCCAUGCGCUCCUUCGCGGAGAAGAUCUUCGCCUCCGAGGUGAAAGACGAGGAGGUCAAGGGAGAAACAUCUCCCUUCGAUAUGGAGGAGAUCUGCCCCAUCUCCCGGAAAGAAAUGACAGUGCACAUGAUGCUGCAGGAGAGCAAUGUCACCGUGGAGAAGAGGAAGAAGCACCAGCUCCGCCUGAAGACAGUUGCGUUGGCCCUGCCACUGCUUAAGAAGUCUGUAAGCAGCCUGUCUGGCAUUGAUGAGGUCAUCUCCACCUCCCCUGAGUACCAGGCUGUGCCUGACUUCCAGAGGGUCCAGAUCAGUGGGGAUUAUGCCUCUGGGGUGACAGUGGAAGAUUUCGAGGUGGUCUGCAGAGGUUUGUACCGUGCCCUGUGCAUCCGGGAGAAGAACAUGCAGCGCUCCCUGCAGAGGUUCCCCAAGACCCCAUCCCAGUACCUGUGUGCCAUCGAGGCCUGUGCAUUCUGGAAUUCUCCUUUUGGUCCAGUGUUCAGCCCACCAGUGAAGGAAGGACAGGAUCCCUUUGAAACUGGGAGUCUCCCUGAGGACCUGGGAUACCACGUGCAGAUGAAGGAUGGGGUGGUUUAUGUCUAUGCUGACAAGGCAGCAGCUGAGAGAAACGAGCCAAAGGACCUGCCCUACCCCAGCCUCGAGGACUUUGUGGAUGACAUGAACUUCCUCUUGGUCCUGAUUGCAAAGGGGCCUGUUAAGACCUACACUCACCGGCGCCUCAAGUUCCUCUUGUCCAAGUUCCAAGUGCAUGAAAUGCUCAAUGAGAUGGAGGAGAUGAAGGAGCUGAAGAACAACCCGCACCGGGACUUCUACAACUGCCGCAAGGUGGACACUCACAUCCACGCUGCAGCCUGCAUGAACCAGAAGCAUCUGCUGCGUUUCAUCAAGAAAUCCUACCGCGUGGACGCCGACCGCGUGGUCUACAACGCCAAGGGCAAACAGCUCACCCUGAAACAGCUCUUCCAGCAGCUCGAUCUGCACCCCUACGACCUGACAGUGGAUUCCCUGGAUGUCCAUGCUGGCCGACAGACGUUCCAGCGCUUCGACAAGUUCAACGACAAGUACAACCCCGUGGGGGCCAGCGAGCUGAGGGAUCUCUACCUGAAGACAGAGAACGCCAUCAACGGCGAGUACUUUGCCACCAUCAUCAAGGAGGUUGGCUCCGACCUGGAGGAAGCCAAGUACCAGCACACGGAGCCUCGGCUCUCCAUCUACGGGCGGUCAGAGGAGGAGUGGGCCAAGCUGGCCAGGUGGUUCAACACCCACCGGGUCUACUCCCCCAACAUGAAGUGGAUGAUCCAAGUGCCCAGGAUUUAUGAUGUGUUCAGGUCUAAGAAUUUCCUGCCCAGCUUUGGGAAAAUGCUGGAAAAUAUCUUUGUUCCUGUGUUUGAGGCAACUGUCAAUCCUCAAGCCCACAAAGAGCUGAGUGUCUUUCUACGCCACAUCACCGGCUUCGACAGCGUGGAUGAUGAAUCCAAGCACAGUGGACACAUGUUCAGCACCAAAAGCCCAAAGCCAGAGCAGUGGACUUCUGCAAAGAACCCAUCCUACACCUACUACAUCUACUACAUGUACGCCAACAUCCUGGUGCUGAACAACCUGCGCAGGCAGCGUGGGAUGAACACGUUCCUGUUCCGCCCGCACUGCGGCGAGGCCGGGGCCAUCACACACCUGCUUGCAGCCUUCAUGACAGCAGAUAACAUCUCCCACGGCCUCAACCUCAAGAAGAGCCCGGUGCUGCAGUAUCUGUACUUCCUCGCCCAAAUCCCCAUUGCCAUGUCCCCACUCAGCAACAACAGCCUCUUCCUGGAGUAUGCCAAGAAUCCAUUGCUUGACUUCCACCAGAAAGGGCUCAUGGUGUCCCUUUCCACAGAUGACCCCAUGCAGUUCCACUACACCAAGGAGCCCCUGAUGGAGGAGUACGCCAUCGCCGCCCAGGUCUUCAAGCUCAGCACCUGUGACAUGUGUGAGAUCGCCAGGAACAGCGUCCUGCAGUGUGGCCUGUCCCACGAGGAGAAAGUCAAAUUCCUGGGCGAAAACUACCGGGAAGACGGGCCUCAUGGCAACGACAUCCGGAAGACGAACGUGGCCCAGAUCCGCGUGGCCUAUCGCUACGAGACCUGGUGCUACGAGCUCAACCUCAUCGCCGAGGGGAUGAAGAACGAAUAG